AUGGGAUAUUUUAGGACUCGACUAUGGAUUCAUUUCCCGAGUUUGGUCUCAGUAUUGAGUGGACAGCACUCGUAUGAAUGGCACAAUCGGUCGCCAGAAGUGAUCACAUCCAGGGGUUCAUCACAUCCCACGACAUGGACUCUACUCUCCACCACUAGAAUUGUUUAUACAAUUAUUUUGAUAAUUAAUCACAAGAAGCGAGUAAUGAAUACUUCGGGCGUUUUAUUCAUAUUCUGGUUGUGUUUGUCUAUCGGAACCGCAUUUAACUACAGAACAAUACUUACCACUGCCUUCAGUGAUAAUUCUAAUCCCGAAAAUGAAUCAUCAUUUUUAUCUCGUCUCACAUUUUCAUGGUUUACACCAAUGAUUAUGAAUGGCUAUCGGAAACCAUUGACCACUGAAGACAUGUGGUCGCUGUCCACACAGAAUCGGACCAAUGUUUUCAUCAAACAAUUCAAUAAACACUGGAAACCAAUGCAACAAAACAGUGCAAAACAUGCGAUCAAUAUAUUCCCAGUAGUGUUGAAGACUUAUUGGCCAACACUUCUAAUCAUUGCAUUUAUUAAACUAUUGAUAAGUUUAUUAACAUUCACUCAACCCCUAGUACUCGACCGACUCAUUACAUUCAUCACAUCCCAUGCCAACACGAGCUCAGACACCGGCGAACCCAUUUGGAGGGGCUAUUUAUACGCUGGAGCUAUGUUUGUAUCGCCUGUGUUGGCAUCGGUGCUGAAAGGACAGUGCAAACGCUUGGAAAACCUGAUGCUUAUGAAAAUUAAAUCAUGUGUCACAUCCUCCAUACGGCUGUCCAGCGCCGGGCGCAUGGCCUACACCACCGGUGAUGUCGUUAACCUUAUCUCCAAUGAUAUGCAUUACUUGAAAUCAUUUUUUAGCUACGUUAACAAUCUAUGGCUGACGCCAACAAUUGUUAUAAUCGCCACGUGCUUACUAUGGCCUCAGUUGGGCGCCGCCACUCUGGCCGGUGUGGCUGUUAUGAUACUAUUGAUACCAAUUAAUUCACUUGUACUGACCCGUGAGCACCGGCUGUGGCGUAAAAUAAUUACAUUAACCGACCGCAGAGUGUCGGCCAUUACCGAGAUUAUUAACAAUAUAAAGGUGUUAAAGCUGUACGCGUGGGAACCGGCGUUCAUGAAACGGGUAUCUGAGCGCAGAGCCAGCGAGUGCCGUGAAUUAAUCAUGGUGAUGGUGUCGGGCGUUUUUAAGAAUGCCAUUUCCACAGCCACACCAUAUCUGGUUAGUUUAUGCAGUUUUACGGCAUUCCUAUACAUGUCUGACCAGAAUAUUCUGGACCCGAAUAAAGCGUUUGUUUCCCUUUUGUUGUUCAAUAUAAUCAAAGGGUCAAUACAAACCAUUCCAGCACUGGUCACCGCAACUAUAAUUUGUAAAGUUUCAGUGAAGCGAAUGAAUGCUUAUUUAAACGCUAAUGAAGUGAAUGAGAGUUUCGUUGACCACAAACCCAAUCAAAAGACUCCUAUUAUUGUUAAAAAUGCUUCAUUCAAUUGGGAUAACAAUUGCAACGAUUCUGUGCUCAAGAAUAUCAAUAUAGAGAUAGAGAGGCAGUCAUUGGUGGCAGUUGUGGGUCGUGUGGGCGCCGGC